AACUUAAGUCUUCUGGGAGCAGAAAGGAAACCGAAACUAUUCUUCAGGCAUAAAAGUCAGCCUGCAUGGCUUAGAAGCUUCCACUCUGAGGAGCGAGCUCUGGCAAUCAGGAGCGAGUCAGCUCUCUCUCUCCAUUCAGCGCGGUCCCCUCUUGGUCUGCAGCGCAGUCCAGCAUCUCCGCACACAGCAAGGCCUGUCUCCUGGUCUGGGCUUCCGGAUAUGCCAUUUCAUUAAUAAUGACCAUUUAGAGGAAACAGAGUAAAGGAUAUUUGCAUUUUUAAUAUUUCCCAGUUCAGGUUGGAGGCAAAAAGAGCAGCGAGAAUGGAAGAAUAUUGCACAGAACUUUUAGAGAAUAUGUCACAAUUAAUCUUGGAAAAUAUGGCAAAGGCUGACUUUUCCAGCUUACUCAAUGAUUUUGUUGAAUCUGAGUUUUUUCUGAUUGACGGAGACUCAUUACUUGUCACAUGUGUGUGUGAGAGCUCGCUGAAGCCAGGGCAGAGUCUUCAUUUCUUCUACCUGGUGGAGCGCUACCUUUCAGAUGUGAUUAACAAAGGAGGGCAAUUUGCCGUGGUUUUCUUCAAGGAUGCUGAAUACACAUACUUCAAUGUCCCUAAACUUCUUACCCUGAGAACUGCUUUAAUCCUGCAUCUUCAGAAGAAUACUACCAUUGAGGUUUGGACUAAGUUUUCUGGCUGCUUCACAAAGGAGUGGAAUAAGUGCUUGGAUCAGAGGUGCCCCUAUUUCUUGAUCCUUGCCGAUGAAGGUCUGAACGACCAGCAAACACACCUUUUCAACUUUACAGCCAUUCAGUCUUGGGUAGCAAAGGUCAACAUUGUGCUCUUCUCAGGACAAACGUCUGACAUCCUCCGGCUUUAUGCUUACUUUAUGCAAAGCUCUUAUACAAAUCAGAUGUUUUACAUGAAGAAUAGGAAGAAGAUUAUUAUGGUUUACAAAACCCUGAUUAAACGGUUAAAAAAAUGGAGAGACAAGGCUUUAACAGCUCUGUUUGGAGAUUUAAAAUUCAAUAAUAUGGUGGGAGAGGCAUGUGAGACUGUAUCUCUGCUUAAGCAAGUCUGGCCGGAGGGAUCUGACAUCCGACGUGUCCUUUGUGUCGCCUCAUGCUCCCUGUCCUUGGACAUGUACCACUGCUUUUUAGAGAGCAGAGAGAAGGAAGCCUCCCAGCAGACGUGCAAAGUCAAACAGAAAAAGGAUACUUGCUUAACCCUGAAAGACAUGGAAGACUUUUGUAAGCUACAUUGCCUCAGUGUGGCUUUUCUACUCCAUUUACCUCUCUCCCAGAGAGCCCGCUCAAGAUUCAUCACUUCUAAAUGGAUUCAGGACCUCACGACUGUCUUUAAAAUGAAAAACUGGUGCGAGUAUUUCAUUCUAAGUAACAUGCACAUGUUUGAAUCUUGGAGUCUGAAUUUUCUUCACCUUUCUGACUUAAGUGAUGAGCCUUUGUUGAAGAAUAUUGCUUUUUACUAUGAAAAGGAAAAUGCAGAAGGCUUGGAUUUGAAUGUAGGAAAUGUCAUCAUGAAAGAGUAUGUACAGCUAUGGGACACUGUGUCAAAGUUGGUCAGAAAUUUUGAUGUGGGAGAGCCAUUUCCUGUGAGAACAACAAAGCUUCAUUUUCUUCAAAAGACCCCAUCACCAAUCAAAGAAAGUUCUCAGGAGAUGAUACCAAAUUUGGGUUUUAUUCCACUGUCAUGUACUUUGGUUGAUGAAUUUACUGGAGACAUUUUGAAAGACUUGCCUUUCCUAAAAAGUGAUGAUCCCAUUGUUACCUCCCUGGUUAAGCACAAGGAAUUUGAUGAGCUUGUCCACUGGCAUUCCCACCGACCCCUCAGUGAUGAUUAUGACAGGACAAAGGCCAAUUUUAAUGAACAUUCAAGAGACCCUUAUUAUCUUAAAGGCAUUCAGAAGUAUCAUGUUUUUCAACGAUUUUAUGGGAACUCAUUAGAUUCAGUCUCUUCAAAGCUUAUCACAACUCAAGGCGCUAAGCCAAAGAAGGAUUGUUUUAAAUCCAAAAGCUCAAAGACACACGAGACCAAGGCUGACAUAAUUGUUAGAGAGAAUAAGAAGAGGUUAAUUGCCAAGGAAGAACAAAAAGAAGAACAGAGAUGGAAUUCCUUGUCAUUUAAUACUGAGGAGGAGAUGAAAAAGAAUUUAAACUCUGGAAUGAAGAAGCUGGAAGAGUUCUUGAAAUCAUGUAAAAGUAACUCAGUAAAAUUCCAGGCUGAAAAAGUAGGGUUAAAUGUGUGCUUGAAAGUAUGGAAGGAUCACUGUCGAGCAGAAGGUGAAACCACGAAAGACUUAAGCAUAGCUGUCGGUAUGAUGAAGAGAAUCCACUCCUUGUUGGACAAACACUCUGAACUUCUUCAAGAAGCAGAUCAGAAACUCAUAGCCAGAUGUCUUAUGUAUUUAGGGUUUGAUGAGCUAGCAAAUUCAUUAUAUGCAACUCAGGAUGCAGCAGAUGACGUAAAAAUGAGAAAGAAGAAUAAAUAUUCAGUUGGAAUUGGGCCAGCCCGUUUCCAGCUACAAUACAUGGGUCACUAUUUGAUACGAGAAGAGAGAAAAGAUCCGGACCCUAGGGUUCAAGAUUUUAUUCCUGACACAUGGCAGAGAGAGCUCCUGGAUGUGGUGGAUAAUUAUGAGUCAGCAGUGAUUGUUGCCCCAACAUCCUCUGGUAAAACUUAUGCUUCCUACUACUGCAUGGAGAAGGUGCUGAAGGAGAGUGAUGAAGGUGUGGUUGUGUAUGUUGCACCAACAAAGGCUCUUGUUAACCAAGUGGCAGCAACUGUUCAACAUCGUUAUACCAAAAUCAUGCCAGCUGGUGAAGUUGUAUGUGGUGUUUUUACAAGGGAAUAUCGUCAUGAUGCCCUCAACUGUCAGGUGCUUGUUACUGUUCCAGCGUGCUUUGAAAUUCUGCUACUAGCUCCUCAUCGUCAAAACUGGGUGAAAAGGAUCAGAUAUGUUAUAUUUGAUGAGGUCCAUUGUCUUGGUGGAGAAAUUGGAGCAGAAAUCUGGGAGCAUCUCCUUGUCAUGAUCCGGUGUCCCUUUUUGGCCCUUUCAGCUACCAUAAGCAACCCUCAGCGCCUCACUGAGUGGCUCCAGUCAGUAAAGAGGUACUGGAAAGAAGUAGACAGUGCUAUGGAAAAAGGAACUUUUUCCAAAAGAAGUUGUGGCUCCCGUGGCAGUUGUCACAAAGAACGAGUGCAAGCCAGACAGUCAUACAAAGUUAGACUUGUGCUCUAUGGAGAGAGAUACAAUGAUAUGGAGAAGUACUUAUGUUCUGUGAGGCAGGGCGAUGUCUGCUUUGAUCACUUUCAUCCGUGUGCUGCACUAACCAUAGAUCAUAUUGAAAAGUAUGGAUUUCCUUCUGAUCUUGCCUUUUCACCCCGAGAAAGCAUCCAGCUGUAUGAUACUAUGCUUCAGGUCUGGGAGAGAUGGCCCCAGGCCCAGAACCUGUGUCCAGAGACGUUCACUCAUUUCAAGAAUAAAAUAGUAAUUAAAAAGCUGGAUGCAAGAAAAUAUGAAGAGAGCCUAAAGGAAGAAUUCACAAAUUGGAUUAAAAAUGGGAAUGAGGACGAGGCCAGGAUGGUGCUGAAGAAACUGAGUCCUAAUUUCCAGGAGCACCGAGGGCGGAUGCUGGACUUCUUUCCAUGUCUUGUUGAGAAGCUAAGGGAAAUGGACAAGUUGCCUGCAAUAUUCUUUCUAUUUAGACUAGAUAAUGUAGAAAAAUGUGCUAAGGAUGCUUGCAAAUUCCUAGAAAACAAACAGGAGGAGAAAAGGCCUCCCAAAGCUGAUAAAGAAGCUCACAUCAUGGCUAACAAACUUCGAAAAGUUAGAAAAUCUUUGGAGAAACAAAAGAUAAUAAAUGAAAAAAGCCAGAAAUCCCCCAGAAGAUUGGAUCAAGCACUCAUGUCUGAAGCUGAACACAAUUACCUCCUGAAGAGUCUGGAGAAGAAUCUGGAGAUUCCCCAGGACUGCACAUAUGCUGAUCAGAAAGCAAUAGAUGAUGAGACUUUACGGAUGGUGUUUAGUCGAGUGAAAUUCGAAAGAAAAGGUGACAUACUGAAGAUUUUGGCAAGAAGAGGCAUUGGCUAUCACCACAGUUCCAUGUCUGCCAAAGAAAAGCAGUUAGUUGAAAUUCUCUUUAGGAAAGGAUUCAUUAGGGUGGUGACAGCUACUGGAACACUUGCAUUAGGAAUCAAUAUGCCCUGUAAAUCUGUGGUGUUUGCUCAAAACUCAGUCUAUCUGGAUGCUUUAAAUUUCAGACAGAUGUCUGGUCGGGCUGGACGACGAGGGCAAGACCUGCUGGGUGAUGUCUACUUCUUUGAUAUCCCUCUGCCCAAAGUAGAGAAACUCAUAAAAUCCAAAGUUCCUGAGCUGAGAGGACAGUUUCCCCUCAGUAUCUCAUUCAUCCUAAGACUCAUGCUGCUGGCCUCCAAGGCGGAUGACCCAGAGGAUGGCAAGGCAAAGGCACUGUCAGUGCUGAAGCAUUCAUUGCUAUCCUUCAAACAGCCCCGGGCCACAGACAUGUUAAAGCUUUACUUCUUGUAUUCCUUACAGUUCCUGGUGAAACAGGGACAUAUAGAUCAGGAAGGUAAUCCUACAGGGUUUGCUGGCCUUGUAUCGCAUUUACACUACCACGAACCAUCUAAUCUCAUAUUUGUCAGUUUCCUUGUAAAAGGUCUUUUCCAUAAACUUUGUCAGCCAAUUAGUAGAGACCCAAAACGUUUUUCAGAAGAUGUCAUGGAAAAACUGGUUUUAGUGUUGGCAAAUCUAUUUGGAAGAAGAUAUUUCCCAGCCAAGUUCGGAGAUGUUAAUGCCAAGUUUUAUCAAUCAAAGGUAUUCCUUGAUGACCUUCCUGAGGAUUUUAGUGAUGCCCUGCUUGAAUAUAACAUGCAAGUGACAGAGGACUUUGCUUCUUUUCUGCUAAUUGUGUCCCAACUGGCUGACAUGAAACAGGAGUAUCAACUCCCCUUGUCAAAAAUUGAAUUCACAGGUAAGGAGUGUGAAGACUCGCCACUUGUGUCUCACCUGAUGAACUGUGUGGAGGGAAGAGUGGCAGUUUCACCAUUUGUCUGUCUGUCUGGAAACUUUGAUGUGGAUUUGCUUCAUCCAGGAGUUCCAGAUCAUGUCAUUCUGCACACAAUUGGUAUCAAUCACAAUCAAGCCCCAGUGCUCUGGCCACACAUAUUGGACAAUCAAGGAAGAAAAAUGCUACUUAAUGCAUAUGCACUUGACUUCUAUAAGCAUGGAUCCCUUCUGGGAUUAGUCCAGGACAAUAGGCUACAUGAAGGGGAUGCUUACUACUUGUUGAAAGAUUUUUUCCUUACCAUUAAAUCUAUCAGUGUCUCCUUGCGUGAACUCUGUGAAAAUGAAGACGACAACGUUGUUCUAGCAUUUGAACAAUUGUCUGAGUCCUUUCAGGCAAAGUUCAAAAAAGUGUGAAAAGAAAACUAUGUAAACCAUCUAAAAUACCACCAUAGAAGCUUUGCAAAUAUUGCAUUUUAAAUAUUUUCACUGUGAUUAUACGUAAAAGUUUAUCAAAACUAGAAAAAAAUGAUUGCAAUAUUCUGAAGUUGUAAUAUAUUCUACUCAAUCAAUAUAAAGGGAUUUCACCACUUAGAUAGCUAGCUAUUGAAAUAAGUAAAAAAGCCACUUGUUAAAAAAUGAGUAAUUUAAUAUAAUUUUUGUGAUGUUUAAAAACCAUGUAGCUAAUGUUUUGCUUCAUUUUAAUUGUAUAUACAUGACUGUUGAAAUAAUGACUUCAUUGAUUUCAUUUGUGUAAAAUAAAUUCCUCUAUUACUCCA